CCUUGGUUAUUACUGUCAUAUGGUGCAUUUUAAUGCCGAGAAUGGCUCAUAGGGAGAUUGGUCUGGACAGCCUGAGCUGAUGUGAUUCUGCCAGUCAAAUUCCCUAUGAAGAGAUGAGACGGUGUGUUUUUGUUUUCCCCUGAUGCUAAAACCCUGUCAGUCUGUGUCUGGCUGCUGCUUCUGACCCCACAUACACUCCCAACGCACACCCGCCUCACACACUCUCACCUUAAACUCACCACACACACUUGCAGCCACUCUGGACGCCCACACACACUCGCCAGACACUUUGGUGGCUCCGCAGACCGCACACUCUCUCUGCAGCUCCUGACACAUCUCAUCCCAGCUUGUCUCUAAAGCCAAUCCACAGCUGGUUAUGGAACUAAUUGGUGUUGCUCUCGGAACCUAUUCUAACGAAAUUCUUUGGACUAUGAUUCAAUUACACCUCGAGACCGAAGACGAAAGCUCAUUCAACGAACUCUGCGACUGUGAGAGGUUGCCACUUUUUCUCUCUUGCUUUAUGUCUUCCCUUAAAUCUUCCAUUCUCUCCUUCUGUCUGUCAUAAGUAUUCUUCUUUCUCAGUCGACGAGGAAGGGAAAGGCUUAAUAUUUAUUUUUCAAAUGGUAAACGUUGGGACGGCGUGACAGAGGAGGUGUUUGUGUGUUCCAGGACUAUCAUGGGACCUCACGGCAUCAACCGGGCCAUCGAGAGAUUGGAGUUCUGUGACUGCAAGAAAGGACUGGGGUUGAAAAUCAUAGGUGGCUACAGAGAUCAAACACGGGAAGAGUUUGGGAUCUUCAUCAAGCGGGUGUUACCGGGAGGUCUGGCUGCUCAGGAUGGACGGCUUAGAACGGGCGACCUCGUUUUGGAAGUCAAUAAUAUGAGUUUAGGUGGACGAGUAACCAACGAGAGGGCGGUUGAUAUCCUCCGAUCAGCGUCAGCCUCCAAUCACAUGUCUCUGAUGGUUGCCAGGGACGAUGAAAGCAGGCGGGAGUUCAUAGAGUUGAUGAAUAAGUAUGGUUCUCAAAGCAGUUUUAAAGGAAGCUCAGGGAGAGUCUCCCCUACACAGCUGUCUACAGGAGGCAAGACAGACACGGCCUCCUCCUCUUCCUCCUCCAGAUCUACCAGUCCCACCAGCCAGCUCCUCAGCCCUAAAGAGGGGGUCACAGGACCUCCUUUCACCCCUGGACCCCUCUAUACCACUGCCCCCCCCUACACAUCGAACCCUAACACAACCCCUACACAGCACGUCUUCAAUAACGUCAUUCAGUUGAUAUGCAUCUCAAAGGGAACAGGCCUGGGCCUCAUCAUAAAAGGCGGAGCUAACCGAGCCGAGGGACCAAUGGUGUUGAUUCAGGAAAUAAUACCUGGAGGAGACUGCCAGAGGGACGGUAGACUACAGCCAGGAGAUCAGCUGGUGUCGAUUAAUAAGGAGUCGUUAGUUGGAGUGACCUAUGAGGAGGCGAGAAGUAUCCUGACAUGCACCAAACUCAGACCAGACCCUACGGUGGAGAUAGCGUUUAUGAGACACAGGUCUUCCUCCAGCUCUGCUUCCUCCAGCAGUGGCCCCCAGAGCCCUAUCACCCCCCAGGGCCCAGUCAGCGGAGCCCCCGCAGUGCCCCCCAUCAGGAAAGAGACCAUGGCUGUGCUGGGGGCCCUGCCUCCCCCUGCAUCACUGCUCCAGCACAGGAGAACCACACUCCCUGCAGCCCUCCCUGGUGUUCCCCUGGUGGUGCCCAAGAUCACCUCCACCCCCAACCCCGCCAGCGAGACCUUGCCAUCUGUCAACCUUAGCCAAGUUCGAAUGAGAACAGAACAGACGUGUGUCUCCUCCCCCCGUCAGAGUCCCAGCACCACAGAUGCCAAGCCUGAAUCCUACCCUGCCUGUCAGCCAAACAGCAUCCAGCAAACACCACACAGGAAGUGCUCCCUCAGCUCCAUCAGUCGCCUCAAACUGGAGAGGCUGGAGCAGGCUCUGGAUGCAUUAGGACUGAAUCCUACGGAGGCACAGAGACAGACGUUGAGGGCCAGACUGCGAACAGACCCUGCUGGGACUGUGGCCUACGCAGACUUUGAGACACUGACACAGGAGCUGUUCAAGCUUCAGUUUGAGGAGUCAGGGGCCGGAGGUCAAGGCUCCAGGUUCGUGUCCGAUGACCUCUCCAGUCUCCUAGAGUCACCUACCAACACGCCUUCACUGUCUGACUCUGAUGACCUGGAGGAGAUGGAGAGACUGAGGAAAGACCACAUCGAGGCUCUGAGAGAGAUCAAGAAACUACAGGAGCAGUUGGCAGAGUCAGAGAGAUUUCACCUGCAGAUGCAGGAAGAGCUGAACAUGGUCAAACAGGAGGUAAAGUCUGGGACGGAUGAGAGCCGUGCUCUGCGGAGCCGGAUCCACCUGGCUGUAGCAGCCCAGAAGCAGGCCAGGGGGAUGGAGAUGGAUUAUGAGGAGGUGAUCCAUCUCCUGGAGGCUGAGAUAGCCGAGCUCAAGGCCCAGAGGAACGAACAGCAGCAGCCCGGCCAGGCUAAGGAUGAGGUGGAGGAGCUGAAGAAGAGAGUGGCCGUUCUGGAGUGUCAACUACGUAAGAACGAGGGGGCCAAAAAGGGCUUUGAGGUGUCCAUGGGAAAACUGCUCAACUUCGUGGAGAAUGUUCAAGACUUCCUCAUUGAAAACCAAGGUCCCGUGAAGAGCUGUAGCUCUCGUGACAUGAAGCCCGGCGCUUCCUCUCAACCCCAGGGAGCCCGCGUGGGGAAGAAGUCCCAGUGGACGACGGCUACGCUAGCUGCAGAGGCUAAAGAACUCACACGGACUGUUAGAGCCAUCCUCGAGGUGGGCUGUAAGUGAUCUAUCAUCUUGACUCGUCGUGUUACGAGUCGACUUGCUGCAUGCCUGCAUAUCGUCUCUAUCCCUGGCCUAGCAUGCAAAUCCAAUCAGCUCAACAAUCACCACCGUAGUUUUGAAACCAACCUAAACGAACUGGAUAACAGACACCAAACCAACCAAAUCACCUCAAUAGUUACUAUGCCAACCAAAACCAACCGCAUAACCGACAUCAAACCACCUAGUUGCUAAGCCAAGUUAAACCAACCGGAUACCCAAAACCAAUCAGCUCAUCAUACACCAAGCCAACCUCCAUAGUUACCAAGCCAACCAAAACCAACUGGAAAACCGACACCAACCCACCUCUGUAGUUACUAUACACAUAAUCUCAAUAGUUGUUUUUUAUUGGAGCAGCCUGUAAGGAAAUGAAGGACAUCCUUGCACUGGACUAUUCGACAGAAGAAUUAAAGACAAUACAGCAGCUAAGGAACCUUGAGAUGUUCAGCCUCUGUGUCCAGUGGAGUUGAAUGGACCAGGGACUGAGUGUUAAGCAACCUCGAGAUGUUCAGCCUCUGUCCAGUGGAGUUAAAUGGACCAGGGACUGAGUGUUAAGCAACCUCGAGAUGUUCAGCCUCUGUGUCCAGUGGAGUUAAAUGGACCAGGGACUGAGUGUUAAGCAACCUCGAAAUGUUCAGCCUCUGUGUCCAGUGGAGUUGAAUGGACCAGGGACUGAGUGUUAAGCAACCUCGAGAUGUUCAGCCUCUGUGUCCAGUGGAGUUGAAUGGACCAGGGACUGAGUGUUAAGCAACCUCGAUGUUCAGCCUCUGUGUCCAGUGGAGUUGAAUGGACCAGGGACUGAGUGUUAAGCAACCUCGAUGUUCAGCCUCUGUGUCCGGUGGAGUUGAAUGGACCAGAGACUGAGUGUUAAGCAACC